GAAGUCGAAGAAAAAAAUUUUCAGAAAUUGGCAGCAUUGCCAGAAAGUGGCUCAGAUUCGUCGGAGGAUUCAGAUAUCGAUCAUGCCACUAAUGCACAAACUGCUGGUCCAGGAGGAGGACGAUCGCAACUUUUGGAAGGAGCAUUAGCAUCGAGAGCCGAGCGAAGCAGGGCUUUAUCCUCGUCAUCCACUGAAAGCGGUACUUAUAUUGCAGACACUCCGAGUGCUGUAUAUCACGCAUCAAGCUCGGCUUUGAUGUCGCGAAAUCAGCAGAAUCGUGAUAGGUAUGUGGUGGUAUUGCGAAGUUCUAAAACUGUCAUUUUUUUUUUUUAA